UGUUGAUACGUGGUUGACUCACAAAUCUAGGUAUUGGCUAAUUCCGUUGUAAGACAUACUGAUUUUUCAGAACUAUGCUUCCAUCACUGUGGGACAGUUUUGAAUCAUUUUAGUUCGCAUUGUUACUUUAUCCUAAGUUUGAGAAUAACAUUUGAGAUGGAUUAACAUAUUUUUGAAAUGGAUAAUUCAAAUGAUUCAGAAAAUCGACUACACCUGAACGUCAUUGUUCAUGAUGACGACAAAGACAUCAUCAGCCGUACAAGAACUGCUGAAAAUUGGAGUGUGCUGCGAUCUGUAUUCCGACCACCAGGAGGUUUGCGUAACCCUUCUGAAUUGGUCUCUCAACUACGGACUCCAUCACCUACACUCUACAUCGAACUCAAAAAACAUUUAAAGGAUCCAAGUUGGGCUCGGGAAUUCGUGAAAGAAAACGGUGUAGAAUCCCUCCUUGAGACUUUGAAAUCUCUUCAAGGGCGAAAUUUAGAAGAAAUACAGUUAAAGGUGGAGUGUGGUCAAUGUUUGAGACUAGUGAUGGAUUCUCGUGUAGGAUUGGAUUACAUAAUGGAAAAUGCUGACUAUGCUCAUAAAUUGGCCACGGCUUUAGAUACUGAUGACAUACCGGUGAAGAAACAAGUAUUUGAAUUACUGUCGGCACUGUGUGUUUAUCGCUCAGACGGCUACACAAGGGCUUUGGAAACAUUGGAAUAUUAUAAAAGUGUGAAGAAGCGCCGAUAUCGGUUCCAGUUUGUGGUGGAAGAACUGAAAUCUUCUGAAGUUGCAGAAUAUACGACAGCCCUCGUGGCCUUCGUCAAUUGUCUCAUCAUAUCCCCUGCCUCCCUCAACGACAGGAUACGCAUCAGGAAUGAAUUUCUAGGUUUAAAAAUAUUGGAAGUCUUAAACAAGUUUAGAAACCAAUACAAAGAUGGGUCGAACCCCGAUUUGGCAGUACAGUUAGACGUCUUUGAUGAACAGCGUUCAACUGACGAGGGACAAUUUUCUGGCCCUGAUGGAGUCGACCUCAGUUCUCACAUGGAUGUUUUCUUUGCUAUACUUCGACAGGUCGCAGAAACCCCUCAGGAAAUCCCGUUCCUCAGCGUCUUGCAGCACUUGCUCAGAACAGAUCUUAGUCAACCUCUUUCGGAUGUCGUGUGGGAGACAGCCGAGACUCUCGUGCACAGAGCAACACUGUUGGAAAGUAAACAAGAAGCUGAUCGAUUACUCAGAGCGUCAACCCUGGGACUCAUGCGUUGUCACUGUUCCUGCCAUUAUAAACAAAGUGAAAAAACUGUGGAAGAAUGUGAUGGCACACCUAAAAAGAAUAGACCUCAUCAAUUAUCUUUCUCAUCUGACGGAAAUAGGACUCCUUGUAUACUAAUGUCCCCGAACCAGCAUUAUCCUCCUAACACACCAUAUGAAUCUUGCUCUAGUCCAUUAUUCUUGUGCAAUCUCACGGAUAACUUUAGAACUGGCAAUAAAACAGUUCCCAUGAAGCAAAACUCAGUGCCUUCUUCUAGUACACCUCGCCAAUUAAGCCCUGAUAGUCAACGCGUGCCAUCCAAUGUAAAUGCGAACAGUAACUCAGAUAAUUCGCGCAACAGCCCGAAACCAGUCUCUUCGUACUCAUCACCAAACCAAAAACUGGUUGAUGAGUCAUUAAGUGUGCAAAGUAACUCAGCAACUUUAUCAAACAAUGGGUUUUUCAUAAAUCCUGCGCCGAGUGUUAAGUCUACCUCUAUUAGUUGUGAUUCUAGCAAAAAUAAUAAUUGCUUAGUAUCUGAAUCGGCACCUCAUAGAACUGCUGGUUCAUUAAAUGUGCCACCGCCUCCUCCACUACCUAUGACUAGUGGUGUACCGCCGCCACCACCUCCGCCACCAGCACUCAUAAAUGGUGUUGUACCUCCUCCACCGCCGCCACCCCUGAACAUAUCAUUGCAAACUAAGACAUUUGUACCAAAUUUGUCGUUGCCACAGCAAGAUACUCCAAAGCCAAAAUCUAAAAUGAAGUCAUUCAACUGGUGUAAAAUACCAGCCACAAAAGUUGUUGGUAAAGACAACUUAUGGUCGAGAGUUGCUAAAGAUCACACUGGAAGCCCGAAUGAUCUCGAUUUUGAGGUUAUGGAAAUUCUGUUUUGCCAACAGCCUACUAUCAACGGGCAUAUAUCUCCCAAGUUUGGAGAUAACAAUGAAAAAAUUGAUAAAAAGAAAAGAGAGACUCAGGAGAUAAACCUUUUGGAUGGUAAAAGGAGCUUAAAUAUAAACAUAUUUUUAAAGCAGUUUCGGAGUUCUCAUCAAGAAAUUGUAAGAAUAUUGGAAGAAGGUAGCCAUGAAGAUCUGGGAGCUGAGAGGCUCAGAGGAUUAUUGAAAAUUCUACCUGAGUCAGAUGAGGCUGAAAUGUUAAGAAACUAUGAUGGUGAUAAGAAUAAGCUGGGGAAUGCAGAAAAAUUUCUACUGCAACUCUUAAACGUUCCUAAUUACAAACUGCGCAUUGAAAGCAUGCUGCUGAAAGAAGAAUUCAUGGCUAAUCAGGAGUUCUUGGAAAAUAGCAUUGAGACAAUACGGUGUGCUGCACAAGAACUUGAAGAAUGCAAAAAGUUGCACGAAAUCUUAUAUAUGGUUCUUGUAGCUGGCAAUUUUUUGAAUGCGGGUGGUUAUGCAGGAAAUGCAGCUGGUUUCAAAAUGUUAUCCUUGUUGAAACUUACAGACAUAAGAGCCAACAAACCUAGCAUGACACUAAUCCACUAUGUAGCUGAGAAAAUAAAGUAGAAAUACUCCAUAAUGAAAUCAAUGAUCUUGAAAGUAUUCGUCAACGACUGGCUGACUUUCUUUGUGAGGAGACAGCUUCCUUUAAAUUAGAAGAGUGCUUCAAAGUGUUUCACAAUUUUUGCUCGAGGUUUAAAGCAGCCCUACAGGAAAAUGAAAGACGUCAAAAGCAAGAGAAGAUGGCAGAGGCGCGACGAAAACAACGCGAAGAACAAAUAGCCUUGAAAAGAAGGAGCCUGGAGCUUCCAGAUCCUAGAUCUAUCGGUGACGCCGAUCAUAUUAUGGACCAGCUGCUUGGUGACAUCAGAAGUGGUUUUGCAGAACGACGUUUGGGUGAUAUCUACCGUAGAAGCAAAAGUUUCAACCCGCAAGACAAAGAUACUUUGAAUGGCAGAUAUGAAGAGAGCAAUCGCAGAACACAGAAUGCACUUAAAAGGCACAGCGAUCCAUCGAUGUUUGAAAAAAGCAGAGGAAUACUUUAUCAAAAUGAGAAGUCAGGUCUGAUGAAAAACAGAAAAACUGGAUUUUUGGAUGAAUCGAGCGAAGAAAUAAUAGGCUUUUUACAAAAUGUGGGAGACUCUGAUCAAAAAGAGAAGAGAUUGUUUGGCAGCACUGAAGAUGGAUUAGAGAGAGUAUCUUUUCGAAGGUCUGGUCGAAGAAAACGAAUCGAAUACUUAAAUGGCGAUACAAAUGCUAGAGAACGUUCGGGGGUAUCUCCUCCACCAUCGGUAUCUUUACAGACAGUUGAAGGUUUAGAAAUAGAGCCUAAACAAAAUCUUAGAGCUAAAAUAAAUGAUUGGAUGCUCCAAAAUGAAAAAGAACAGAGAAAAGAUUACGACUUGCAAGCAAAACUUCAGCAAGAGCGAAAACGUAGACAAAAAUUGAACGGACAGAUAUCAAUAGAAAAUGACGCCAAAGAAAUUUUGAAAGACAUAGACGAGGUCGAUACUAAUAAACAUGCAACAGGAGAAGAUAAAAAAGAUGUAAAUCAUAAAUUCGGCGACGAUUUCAAAUUGACGAAAGCAGCUCAGUUACGACACAGUGAUAGUUUCACUCAAAAAAUCUUGGGAUUACUUGACGCAGUAUCUAAUGACACGAAACCAUUUGCUAAAACCAGACUGUAUCAUAGCACCAGGGAAAAGAAAGUUGAAAAAGAUGAUUUGGAAGAAAAAUCAAGGGAUGAUUCUGAUUUGUGUAGUAUGAAAGAACAAAACCCGUCUAAUCAGACGAAAAUAAAUGUUCCACCAAGUUCGUUGAAUUUAGAAGCAGUGAAAGAAGAAGAUAAAAAACUAUCAGGCAACGCAGAGAGCAAUUUCGAUCGGUUUGCUUCAACUAGGAAAACGCUAAGGCGUUUGAAAUUGCGAGAAAUGCGAAUUGAAGCAGAAAAUGUUAACAAAGCGAAAACUGGAGAACGAAGUACUUCUAAUGGAAAAAUAGAUAAUUUAUCUAUGCCUGAUAAUGUUACCGAUCAGAAAAAAGUAGAACAGUGUGUUAACGAUGAAAGUAGUCAGCAUAAUGUGAAAGAUCAAAUCGAUACGUCUCGAACAUGUUCACCCGAGUCUUUGGAUCCGAAUAACCAAUCUCUGAUUUCUGACAAAGAAAUCGUAACAAAUGCGCAAGACACAAUAUCUCCAAUAAAAAUGGGUGAACAAAAUACGAACGCUAACGAAUCCAUAGAAAAUAAGGAUCCUAAUUCUUCGUUUCCACAACGUAGUACAUCCAUUAGAUCCAGACAAUCACGAUUAGCCAGAAGAAUCAAUUCGCUAUCGACUCCUGUCACAUCGCCGACUUCUAAUGAAAACAAUUCAGUUCUAAAAGCGAAGGACGAUUUGGUAUCUCAAGACGAAAAUUCCAUAGAGGAUGCUACAAAAUCACACAUUCAAGGUAACUUGGAAACCAAGACCACGAUUAAAAACGUCAUCAUAAAAGAAAACGAGAAUCACAUAAAACAUACGCCUGAAUGUGAGAAACAAGAGCAUUUACCUCAAAAUUCCGCAGAAACUGAUGGAAAAGAUCCAACAGAAUUGAAUGGUAACACUAGUCAAAAAUCAAACCUAAAAUUAAAUGGACUUAUUUCUCACGAAGUUACAGUUAAUACAGAAACAAAAAGUGAAGUAGUUCUGCCUAAAACGAAUAAACUAAGUAAUAAAAGUUCUAAAGAGACAGUGCCAAAAUCUCGGAUAUCGUCCACUCAAAAAUCUACAUCUAGUAUUCCAAGCGUUAUUAAAACAACCCAAAAUGUUAAAGUCCAUCAAACAAUCCAUAGGCAAGCAUCUAUGACCAACGGCAAAGUUGCUGCUCAAAAAUCUGAUUCUAAGCCAAAGGGAAGCCCCGUAGUGACAAAAAAGGUGCCACUUAGAUCAACGUCGAGUGCAAUGAAAGAGAAACUAAAUGACAACAAACUGAAGACUGAAAAUCGAAAGAAUGGAGAAAACAGCCCAACGUCUAGUAUUUCAUCAGUGUGCAGUCUGAGCACAAAUGUGAAUCUACAAAAUGGAAAAGUUGUGAAUGGCAAAAACAUUCAACCAAUUAAGAAAAUUACAAUUAAUCAUAAUGGAAGUGUGAAAUUUUCAAAAAGUAGUGUGUCUUCAAGAAAAACUUCGAAAACUGCAUCUAACACUUUAGCUAACAGUAAUGCAAAUGUUAAUAAAAUAAAUGAAACAGUAAUUAACAAAAAAGAUAAGAAUAGUAACCUAAUUAAUAAGAGAGCUUUCAUAUGAAGCGUCUUUUGUAGUCUUGAAAAUCAAAUCCAGUACAAAUUCUCAUUUUAUUGCAAUUUUAUUUAUUAUAAGUGUAGCUACCAAGAUUCAGUUUUCAUUUCAUUUGCUUAGAAUAAAAAAAAAUAUAUUUAUAGAAAUU